CCAAAAAAAAGUGAAAAGAAAAAGAAGGGUCCAUUCCAUUUCCAUCAUACCAAAAAAGCAAAAGCUAAAGAAAAAAAGCAAAAAAAAAAAAAAAGAUUAAAAAGAAAGAAUUCAAACAAGAACAAGGGUUUUCUUCUUUGUUUUCUUUCUUAGUGAAAAAAAUAAUAAGAAAAAAAAAAUGCAGAAUCAACAACAGCUACAGACACUGAUGCAAGCUGGUCAGAUUUCAGGGAGUUUGAGUUUUAAUGGUAAUUUAAGUAAAGAAGAUGAAGAAAUGUCAAAAUCUGCACUUUCAACUUUUAAAGCUAAGGAAGAAGAGAUUGAAAAAAAGAAACUUGAAGUUAAGGAGAAAGUUCAAGCUCAGUUGGGUCGUAUUGAAGAGGAAACUAGACGUUUGGCUAUUAUUCGUGAGGAACUAGAAGCAUUAGCAGAUCCAAUGAAGAAAGAAGUUUCAACUGUCCGAAAGAGGAUUGAUAUUGUCAACAAGGAGUUAAAACCCCUGGGCCAGACUUGCCAGAAGAAGGAGAGAGAAUACAAAGAAGCUCUCGAGGCCUUCAACGAAAAACACAAGGAAAAAGUACAACUUAUAACAAGAUUGAUGGAGCUGGUGGGCGAAAGCGAGAAAAUGAGGAUGAAGAAGUUGGAGGAGCUGAGCAAGAGCGUAGAAACGAUUCGUUGAAAGAUAAAUCACCUUUAAAAAGCUCAUCAGUGACGACUAAUUAGGCUUGUGUGAUAUAUUUAAGAUCGAUAAUCGAAAUUUCUAUUUAUUAUAUGGUUGUUUUCGAGUUUGGUGGGGUGUAUUCUUUCUUCUUAUUUUCGCGCUUUAUGCCGUUCUCUGUUCAUUUUUAGGCUUUUGAAGGAUGAUGAUCUAAUUUUAGGUGUCAAAAGGGAAAUACCCUUGUAAACAUGUUUGUAACUAAAACAGGUCUUCUCUCAAGCUGUGGAUUCUUUGGUUCAA